AUGUCCGAGGCUUCGGCCUCGUGCACAGGCGAGGGGGGAGGGGACUACGGUCCGGACUAUUCCGCGGCCCCCUCGCAACAGACUAUUUCGGUUUCGCUAGACAGUUUUUCGCGCUUUGAGGGGCGAUUGGGCCCAUCGCAGGACCAGGACUCGUCCUUGGCACUCGUUUUCUCCCCCAAUUCCCAGUUCUCCUCAACCCCCCUAUCCCCCUCUCCUCACGUGGAUGCAGGCGGAAGUUCGAACACGACGGCUGGUGGAACGCAACUAAGCACAGAGCAGAAUUCAUCGCUACGUAGCAACUCACAUCUUGUGAACACGACCCCGGCUGCCGCCCGUCAGGAGGUCAUGGACGUGGAGACCCUUUCUUCGACACCGUUGCCUAAAGAUACUUAUGCCGCUGUCAAAAAAGCAUAUACCUCUGCAUCACAACGCUCAGCGAGUGGUCAGAAUCCGCCUCGUCACGAGACUGCGAAAUCUCGUAGAACCGAAGAGAAGCCGAACGCUUAUUCCAAUCAAGAUAAUCCGCCCUUCGCGGUCCAUAUAUAUGCACUCGUCGACAACGGGGUAGCCCGCCUCAUCCGAUGA